AGCAGAGGCUGCUCUCAGAAGCACAUGGUCUCUGUUCAAAAGGCAACACUUCUCAGCAGUUUCUGCUUGGAAAUUAAAUCUCAUACCAGUGGGCGACUAAGACAGAAGAAGCUUGUGUAUCUCCUAAUGUUUUCCUCUCUUUACAACAUCUCCUUCCCCAUUUCUAUUAAUCCCCGUCAGGAGGCUCCUCUCCCUGUGGAUCCCUCGCUGAAUGGCCACAGACGCGCUGAGUUAAAGCAGCUGUUAUUAUCAGGAUUCCCUGACGCGCUUCUCGCAGACGCACUUGAUCAAAUUUCAGGAAGUCCCUUUCUACUUAUUUAGGGGGGGCUGUUGAAUAUCAGCUGUUGUCGGAUUUGGGGUUGUAUGAUGGUUGGGCUGCUGUAGAGACGCUUCAGCAUCAUGAGAAACCAGACCAAGAAGAGUGUAAAGUUUAUUCUGACAGCACUUCAGAUUUUGACUGUCAGCUGGUUGAUCUGUGAAAAGUUUCCCUCUGCAGAAGGAAGUCCGGAUGUAGCUGUUAAACAAGGACAAACAGCAAGGUCAAAACAUUACGAGACAACAGUGCCUCUUCAGCUGGUUGGAAAAGAAUGGAAACCAGUCAGCAAACUCAAACCCCAGAGUCACCCUGUAUCACUGAGGCUCUUGGUGGAGGUGGAAGGUGAGCAGCUGGUCCUUGCUCUGGAGAAAAAUGAGGGGCUGUUUGCUGGUAACUAUAUGGAAACCCAUUACCUGGAAGACGGCAGAGAAGUCACAGGCCCUCACAACUUCACGACAAACUGCUACUACCAUGGAGAGGUGGAGAGCCACAUGGAGUCAGAUGUCAGCCUCAGUACUUGUGCUGGGAUUAGGGGUUUUAUAUAUCUUGGAAGCAGAUCUUACAUGCUGGAACCAUGUGCCAACUGUUCUGAUGGGAUUCACUGGAUCUACCCAGCAGAACACCUACAUUUUGUUCCUGGCACCUGUGGUCAUGGUUUUAAUAUUUCCCACCCCACUCAAAACACAGACACCAGUCCAUUUAAAGCAUUCGGCACACGACAUAAACGCCACAUUCAGACAACCACCAAAUAUGUGGAGCUCAUCAUUGUUGCUGACAACAGAGAGUUUCAGAAGCAAGGCAAAGACAUUGACAGGGUGAAACAGCGACUGGCUGAGAUCGCCAAUUAUGUGGACAAGUUUUACAGACCUUUGAACAUCAGAGUUGCAUUGGUUGGGCUGGAGGUAUGGAGUGAUGUAGACAAGUGUCCCAUUACACAGGAUCCCUUCACUACCUUGCAUGAGUUUCUAGACUGGAGAAAAGUCAAAUUACUGCCUCAGAAGCCUCAUGACAACGCCCAGCUGAUCAGUGGGGUGUAUUUCCAGGGGACUACUAUUGGGAUGGCCCCCAUUAUGAGCAUGUGUACAGCGGAGCAAUCCGGUGGAAUUGUUAUGGAUCAUUCGGACAAUCCUCUGGGAGCUGCGGUCACUCUGGCUCAUGAACUUGGACACAACUUCGGCAUGAACCAUGACACACCUGAGAGGGGAUGUGGAUGCAGAGUGACAGUGGAUCGCGGGGGCUGCAUUAUGACUCCCUCCACUGGGUAUCCCUUCCCAACUGUAUUCAGCAGCUGCAGCAAGAAGGAUCUGAUGGCGAGUUUUGAAAAGGGAGUUGGCAUGUGCCUGUUUAACAUGCCAGAACUCAAAGUGCUCUACGGUGGGCAGAAAUGCGGCAACGGCUAUGUUGAGGAGGGAGAGGAGUGCGACUGUGGAGAAGUAGAGGAAUGCAUGAAUCCUUGCUGCAAUGCCACUACCUGCACUUUAAAAGGUGAUGCUGUCUGUGCACAUGGACACUGCUGCCAGGACUGCCAGCUGAAACCAGCAGGAACACCAUGCCGUGAACCCAGCAACUCCUGUGACCUGCCCGAGUUCUGCACAGGCUCCAGCCCUCACUGCCCUGCCAAUGUCUACCUGCACGACGGCCACUCCUGCCACAAUGUUGAUGGCUAUUGUUAUAAUGGCAUUUGCCAGACCCAUGAGCAGCAAUGUAUCACGCUAUGGGGCCAAGGAGCCAAGCCAGCUCCAGGGAUCUGCUUUGAAAGAGUCAACUCAGCAGGGGACCCUUAUGGCAACUGUGGCAAGGAUUCAAAAGGCUCCUUUGCAAAAUGUGAAGCCAGAGAUGCUAAAUGCGGCAAAAUCCAGUGUCAAGGAGGAGCUAACCGCCCAGUUAUUGGCACAAAUGCCGUUUCCAUUGAAACAAAUAUACCCCUUCAGGAAGGUGGAAGGAUAUUAUGCAGAGGUACUCAUGUCUACUUGGGCGAUGACAUGCCGGAUCCGGGCCUGGUCCUGACAGGGACAAAGUGCGGAGAUGGAAUGAUGUGUCUGAAUCGUCGGUGCCAGAACGUCAGUGUGUUCAGCGUGCACGAGUGUGCAGCUAAGUGCAGCGGUCGAGGGGUGUGCAACAGCAACAAACACUGUCAUUGUGAGGCUCAUUGGGCGCCUCCCUUCUGUGACAAGGCAGGUUUUGGAGGAAGUGUGGACAGUGGCCCCAUCAGGCUAGCAGACAGCAGGAGUCUUACUGUGGGUCUACUGGUGGCUCUUCUAAUGAUGCUGGUUGCUGCUCUGAUCAUCUGCAUGAAGAGGAAAACUCUGACUGGCCUUUUGUUCACCAGCAAGAAAAGCCCAAUGGAGAAGCUCAGAUCAGAAAGUGCUGCAAUCAGUGGACCGUCAGCUCCUAAGCAGCCCCCUUCUUCUCCAACCCGACCAGUCCCACCCUUGCCUCAGAGUGCAACUAUCUUUAAGUCUCCUCAGCGGGUGCCAGAUCCAGGACCCCCAUCGGGUCCUUACCCUCCUCACAGCCUGCACAGACUCCCCCAGUGCCCUCCAGUUCACCUCAGCCACCCUGUCCCUCUAUCUCUCACGCUGUCCCUCACCCCUGGGCCCAGACAGCAGAGACCCCGAGCACCCCCGCCCCACCGGACCCCUCUGCCUCAUUCCCACGUGGCACCCAGGGGGGCGUCGUUUCACAGCACAUCACACCAUAACUCUUGCAGGAUGGUCAUGGAGCUGGAGAAGCCUAGUCCUCCACAAAAACCUCUUCCUGCCGACCCAAGGAUCUCCCGGCUGGUGCGUAGUCCAUCUGGUGUUCAGAGCAGCACGUUAGUCCGAGGCUCCUCUGCAGUUUGUGGCCCUGCGGCUGAAACUGGUGCCCCCAGAGCAGCACGCCCAGUUCCCCACCCCAAAAAGUUGAGUCCCAAGCAUCCUCCGACGCUACCAAAGCCUUGCGUUAUUGCCAACGUCAGAUACAACAGCUGAGACUUUGACCAGAGGGGGCAGUGGUUUUUUGUAACGGAAACAAAUUUUUAAAAAUUGCACUAUUAAAAACUCUGAGAAACACACAUAAACAAAUGGUGUAGGCACCUCUGAGUUUUCAACCUUGAGAUUCGCCGGGUCCCUUUUGGUGCUCUGCCUCUGAAUGGUGCUAUGAGUCUGCGCUCAGGUAGAUGUAAAGUAUUUAUAAUUGUGUAUUUAUUGCCACCCAGUGCACUGUGCCAGACACUUUUACUACACCGGCACAAGUUUGACUCUUCUUUUUUUAUUUCACUUUUUUAUAUAUACACUGUUUUAUUUUAUUAUUUUUUUUGUUUAAGUAGGAGAACAUA